UACUCAUAUUUUAAGAACAUGGCGGUAUAUGUCAUUGUUCUGAUAAAUUGAAUUAUUUCAAAACUAAUUAAUACUGAAUAUUGAGUAUGUGUUACAUACGGUAUUUCUAAUUUUAAGAGGCCAUAGUGUUAUUUCUGUUUGAAAGAAUUAACAUUUAUAUGAAAAGACUACAAGUUUCAAUUUGGAAAAAUUCUGGGAGUCCUGUUAUUUAUUAUAAACAAGAAGGAAUAUUGAUUAUAUAAUUCUUGAUAAAAUAAUUUCAUAUUUUAAAUUAAUUCACAAAAGACGCAAUGUCUUACCCCGGUAGACCUCCUAUUAUGCAAGGAUUACCUAUGGCUUAUAUGCCUAUGACAGGUCCUGCACCUCCUUUGAUGCCAGCAGUGAUGCCGCUUCAACAUAUGGUUCCUGUCCAGGUGACUACAGCCACCCAGAUUCGGGCUUUCCCAAAAUUGAACCCUAAUAGAGAUCAAAUGAAGCAAAUGCAAGGCCCAGCUGUGACAGUUUUUGUCGGUAAUAUCACAGAAAAAGCUCCAGAUACUAUGAUAAGACAAAUAUUAGCUACGUGCGGCCAUGUUAUUAGUUGGAAGAAAGUGAAAGCUUUUGGAUUUUGUGAACUGGCUGGACCUGAUGCUGGACUCAGAGCUGUAAGAAUACUGCAUGAUUUAAUGGUGGGUGACAAGCGUCUGGUUGCUAAAGUUGACGCCAAAACAAAAUCUGUUUUGGAUGAAUAUAAAGUUGAACGUAGGAAGAAAGAAAGAGGAUCUCCACUUCAAGAUGAACAAGAAGAUGAAUUGGACGAUGAAACUCUGGCCAUAGAUCAGCAAGCUAAGCAGAAAAUUAAAGAAAUUUUGGCGGAAUAUGAGGAUGAAAUGAAUAACUAUGAAGCUAAAAGAGAGGAGGAAGAAAUCAAAAAGGCCAAUAGAGUUCUAGAGGAGGCGGACGUGGAAGAAGAGAAACGUGAUCUUAUUACUAGGGAAAUUGGCAAGUUCCGAGAAAUAAUGAAAAAACAAGAAGAGGCGAAAAAAGUUAAUAGGAAGAAACGAGAAGAAAAGGAUAAGCACAGGGAAAAGUCGAAUUCACACUCCCCAAGCCCCAGAAGAAAAGAAAAAGAAGAGAGAAAACGAAAAAGAUCCAGAUCAAGGUCACAUGAAAGAAGCAGUAGAGAAAGAGAUCGAGAUCGCGAGCGUGAACAACGUGAGCGUGAGCGGGAACGCGAAAGAGAAAAGGAACGUGAGAAGGAAAGGGAAAGAGAACGAGAAAGGGAACGUGAAAGAGAGAAGGAGAGGGAACGGGAAAGAGAAGCCAGAGAACGGGAGCGAGACAGAGAAAGGGAACGAGAGAGGGAUAGAGAACGCGAUGACAAAAAGAGUGCCAAAGAUCUUCUCAGGGAAAAAGAGAUGGAAGAAGAAGCUAAAGAGAAAAAAAAGUCUGAGAGGAGAGCUAGAGAAAAGGAAGCCAUUUACCAAGAAAGGUUGAGGGCUUGGGAAUCCAGAGAAAGGCGAAAAGCAAAAGAAUAUGAAAAAGAAAGGGAAAAAGAAAGAAUCCGAGAGGAAGAAAGAGAAAAAGAUGCAAAAAGGCUCAAAGAAUUUUUGGAAGAUUAUGAUGACGAUCGGGAUGAUGUUAAAUUUUAUAAGGGACGUGAACUUCAAAGACGACUAGCAGAAAGGGUGAAAGAAGCUGAAAUGGACAGUAGGGAUCGACUUAAAGAGAAGGAAGAGCUAGAUGAAUUGAAAAAUGAAAUAUUCUCUAGUGAAGUCGAAGAUCCAAAUGCAGAAUUCGAAAGAAUGAAAAAAGAAAUGGAAGAGCUAUAUAAACCCAAAUUACUCAUUGAUGUCAAUUUGGAACAUUGGAAGCAGAAGGAGAGAGAAAAAGAAAGAGAACUGGAGAGGCAAAAGGCAAGAGAAAGAGAGCGUCAUAGAGAAUAUGAAAGGGAAAAAGAAAGACAGAAAAUGAAAGAAGAACGGGAAAAAUCUUCCAGAUAUGUAUUAAAACAGGCUGCCGAGGAAUUGGCAGCAGUAGAAGCUGAACCAAUCGACAGUGAUAGUGACAUCGACGGACCUCAUUACAGUCCACCAGCUCCGGUUAACGAUGAUGACGCUUCAAACGAUAAUUCAAGUAACGCCCAGUGGACACAAGUUCAGGGAGGGGACGAAGAUUCAAGGCAGUCUUUCGUUUCCAAUCAUGACGAAACUCCCGCUAUGACUACCGGGACGGGAUUGAAAAUAAACCUUUCGAAACCUAUGGCUUUCAGUCCGCAAAAUCAAAGAGGAGAUGCCAAAAGAAAAAAGGCCGAUCUGAGGGAGAUUUUUAAUCCCGAUGAAGAUGAUAAUAAUACUCAGGUCAAAAAGCGAAAAUUAGUUCCAAUUGAUUACAACGAGGAGAAGAAAACAAAAAAAGACAAAGAAAAUGGGGAUAAAAAAUCUGAGGAUACCCAAAAAUCUCAAGAGGAGAAGAGGAAGCACAUUAAGACUUUGAUCGAAAAUAUCCCUACUGAAAAAAAUGCGUUAUUCGCGCACAAGUUGGAUUGGGCCGCUAUCGAUAAUCAACUUAUGGAGAAGAAGAUUCGGCCGUGGAUCAAUAAGAAGAUCAUCGAAUAUAUUGGCGAACCCGAGCCAACCCUGGUGGAUUUUAUUUGUUCGAAAGUUCUAGCGGGAUCUCCUCCUCAAGUAAUUCUGGAAGAUGUACAGAUGGUAUUGGAUGAAGAAGCAGAAGUAUUCGUUGUAAAAAUGUGGAGAUUAUUAAUUUAUGAAGUGGAAGCAAAAAAGUUAGGAUUAGUGAAGUAAUUUGUAAAGUACUAAUUUUUAAAUAUAAGUUUAAUAUUUUGAAUAA